AUGAUCACGUCGGUUAUCGGCUUCGGCGCCGCCAGUGGCGUUGCGGCGGCAAGAAUGGCGGGGUGGGCGAGGUAUUCGCUGCAUACUGGAUUGAGAUCCUACUCUCCGUCCUCCAGGCGCUUGUUCUGCUCUCGCACGUACGCGGCUCUCGAGCCGCCAAACGUACAUCGCCUGGCAGAGACGGCGCGCAUCUCUGUGUCGCCGGAGGAGGUCAUUGGAUUCCUUCUCUCCGCCGAUGUUAUCAUUCCUUUUCGUUAUACUUCUUUCUUCUGACGCAUCCUUGGGUUUUUGCUCCGUAAUUUUGUUGCACAGGUCGAAGAAUUCACUCCCAAGAUUAGACAAGUCGUAGACUGGUUCUUGCCUUCUCUCUCUCUCUCUUUGUCCCUCUUCGUGCAAUGAAAUUCUUGGUUACAGCGUGUGAACUUUCCUCCCCGAGGUUCUAGCACAUCUACUUGUCUCUGCUUCAUAUUAUGGUGGCUCUGAUGCCCCAUUAAUUUCUAGGUCUGAAAUUUCGAUGUGCCAACUUCUGGGAACAUCUGAGGUUGACAUUAUCACCAUUUUGUUUUUGAUCUUUUGAGCUUUCAAGCUCAUCAAAAUUUCUGUUUCUGAUGAUGUGCAUCCUUAAACCGAUGACUGGCAUCCCACUUCCAAAAGCUUUGAAAAGAAUAAAUUCUAUUUGUAUAGUGGCUAGGACUUACUGCUUCUGCUCCAUUUUGACUUUCAUGGCUAGUGAUUUGGGAGAAGAAGACCAUUUUUUCCUGCCAAUACUAACAUCCCACUCUUAGGAGUUUGCUCUAAUUCUUGAGGGUGUUUUCAGGUGGAAAUUUAUCCAGAUGGAUCUGUUUUAUUAAAGAUUCGGAAACACUGAACUCUUGUAUCCUAGAGCAUCAAUGAGGAAAGACAAAUAAAAUAAACCAUUUGUGGGAUCUAUAAUUAUUAUGCUCUUUUUCCCAGGCGACGUGAUAAUAAAUUGAACAUAUUUCACAAGAAAAUCACGAUGUUUAUGAAAAUAUGGAAUAAGUCCUCAUUCAUUAUAAAAUUUGAGUUGUUGAAGCCUAAUUCACUCAUAAUAUGUUUCCUUCCUCAUCUUAGGGUAAUUUCUUAUAUUCUUUCUUUACUUCAGGUUUGGACAACUCCAAGCUGUUGAUCUCGAAUCUAUUGAUCCUGCACUUCGCGUUGGUAAAUAUCAAUGCCUUCAUUAGUUCACUAUUAUCAAGUUUUAUGUUCUAUGGAAAAGGUCCUUUUUGUCUAAAGGUGUCUUGAAUUGCACUUUGAAACAUUGUUAGAGCAUUAUGAGAAUUUUUGAACUGGUUUAAGCUAAGUAUUAACUGAGAUAUGGUGGGUACAGAUCUCACUUCUUUCAUCAUCCUAGGCUUUAAGGUAUGAAGAGUCUUGACAUGCUGAGAUCCCUUGAGUGCCAAACAUUGAUUAUCCGUUGAAUUUGAAAUAUGCUUCUCAUUAAGCCACUUGACUGGUUGCAGUCAAUCGUAAUAUUCGCCCAAUGGCUGACAUAAAAAAAAUGAAAAUAAUUUCUAAUUUGUUUCCCAGAAGACAAUUGGUGGUCCUCGAGAUGAAUCUGGGGAAUAAUUCGAUGCCUAUCAGCAGAUCCUUGUUGUACAUAAUAUCUUCUUCAACAAAGGAUACAUGAAAUCCGAAAUUUCAUAAUGAGGGAUCCUGCAGAACCAUGUACUUAAUUUCGUCCUAAUUACGAAUCUUUUGAAAAUUUCUUUUGGUAGACUGUUGUUCACAUUCCAGGGCAUCCUAAUAAAGCAGUGUAACCAUCCGGUUUCAUUCUCCUUGAAAUACUUGGUGGAUAUAGGAAUGUGAUAAUAUUAUGCUUUCCAAUCAACUUUGGUUGUUCUUCUUUGCAGACACUGUUGUCAAUGAUAAUCUGCGGGAGGAUGUGCCAGAAUCGUUCGAUAACAGGUGAGAUAGAUAACAAUCUGUUGAACUAGCAGUGUUGAUUAGGAUCGCAAUAUCAUUCACGUGUCUAAUUGAUUUUAUUUUCCCCGAAUUUAGGCCAGCAAUGUUGGCUGCUGUUCCAAGCUUUGAAGAACCAUACAUCAAAGUUCCAAGGGUCUUGAACAAGGAGUGA